GCGGGUUUCUGUCGGAACGACGCUGUGUCGAUCCAAACACGCCAAGCAAGGUAGGUCCGAACACGGCCCUGCUUCUACGCACUACUUCUCGCGGUCUUUGUUAGACAUAUACACACAACACAAGGAGAACCAAGGAGGCACGUCUUACCACCCCCCCUUUUCACGAUGUACACGACGCUCGGUCUCUCCGCAGAACAAGUGUACGGCGACAUGUACGCCGCCUGGCUCCGCGACACGCACGAGAAGAACAGCACGGAGGUGAAGCGGCUCUACACCGCCAUGAUCGACAAGGGCUUCGGUAAUCAGCAGGUCCUCCUGCGCCGCCAGAGGCUCGGUGCAAACUUCAUUAACAGCCUCGUACCGCUGCUACACCAGUCCACGCUCGUGAAGCUAGACCUGCACGGCAACGUGCUGCGCGAUGUCGGGUGUGAGCUGCUGGUACAGGUGGUACGAGACAUGCCGCACCUCACGUACCUCGACAUGGGCGCGAACGCGCUGGGCAACUCUUCCACGACCCCUGGAGGUGCUGGCGGGCGGCAGGCGACACGCGGCACGACAGGUGCGGCCGAGUCCGCACUGGGAGGGGGUAGCAUCGGCCUGCUGUCUCGGACGAAUGGAGGUGGAGGUGGUGGCAGAGGUGGAGGAGGCAGCAACGCCGCCCGCACCGGCAGCCGCUACCUCUCCGCGAUGCAAGGCCUCGGCACCGCCAUCGCCCAGCACAAGAAGCUGUCCGUACUCAUUCUCGGCUCCGCGAAGGAGGAGUCCUACGCGAACCAGAUUGAGGAGGUGGGGGCGGUGUGCAUUCUAGAGGGCUGCGUGCUGAGUCGCACCUUGAAGAGGUUGGACUUCAGCGGCAACCCCUUUGCAGUGAACUGCGUGGCACCGGUGGAGGUGGCGCGGCGAUCGGCCGGCGAGGGGGCGGACGGGUCGGACAGCGCAAACGGCGGUAGGGGAGGCGGCGUGGGGGCCGACAGCCCGGCGGCGGGCGGCGCGAGGAACGCGGGCCGACCUCGAAACAGCGGCGCAGCGUCCGCAGCGGCCACCACCCCUGCCAACGCGGAGGAGGGCCGCAGCAGCCAAGCGAGCAACGUGCAUAAGCGAAUGAUGAUGGGCGGCGGCGGCGGUGGCUACGGCACGCGGUCCGGCCCCCGCACCCCGGUCGAGCUCCUCGCCCAGCUCUUUCGCACCUCCACAACGCUCACCCACGCCCGCCUACGCGCGGUGGGGUUGAGUGACGGCGGGGCCGCGUAUUUGCUCGACGCCGCCGGUGCCAGUAACACGCUGCUGCGGCUCGACAUGAGCGAGAAUGGCCUCUCCUCCAGCGUGGCCGAGGCGGCGGGCCUGCUGCUGCAGCAGCGCACGGCCAUCUUCCGCACCGGAGGAAAGGGGUGUGCCUUGCAGUCGCUCGUGCUGUCGGACAACGACCUGCGUGACAACGGCGCGGCAGCUACGCAGGCUCGACGCGGCAGCUUCGGCUUCAACAGCUCGAGUGCCGGUGGCGGUGGGGAGAAGAGUCGGUUUGCGUCGAGCGCACCGCCGACGACCACCUCCGGCUCCCGCUACGUCAACCGCACCCGGGCUCUCCACCAGGGCACUGCCCCCACCGCGCCGUCGCCGUCGUCCCUCUCGCCCUCCUCCGCCGGCGGCUCCUGCGCGGCGUUUUAUGCGGCCUCGGCGGCGCAGCCCAACGCGCAGUGCGGCAUGCUCCUCUUCUUCUCCCUCGGCAAGGACCCGCUGCUCACGGCGCUUGUCUUGGACAACUGUGCGCUGGACGACACCGCGUUGUUCGCGCUGUGCCGAUCGCUGCUGACGAACGUCUCGCUCACCGUCCUGUCGCUGAAGGACAACCAAUUUUCGCCCGACGGUGCCGUGCAGCUCGGCCGUGCGCUGUGCCGCCACCCGUGUCUGGAGAAGCUCUUCCUCUCGGGAAACGCAAUUGAGGACGAGGGCGUGUGCGCGUUGGCCACCGCCCUCGGCUACCCGGAUGCCACGCUGAUCGAGUUGGACGUGGCCCGGACGUGGCUCGGCGACCGCGGCCUCAUCGCACUCGGUGUAGCCCUGCAAACGAACACCUCCCUGCAGGUGCUGCACGUCGCCGACAACCACUUCACGCAGGACGGCGGCGCCUCCUUUGCCGCGCUCUUCGACAACAACCGCCACGUUGUGCGCUGCGAGCUGAGCGGGACGAGCGUGCCGCAUCACGUCGUGCUGCGGCUGAAGCGGGCGACGGCGCGGAACCGCAAAAAGGCGGGCAACGCGACGUCGGACGCGCUGCAGGAGGAGGUGGUUCGUCUGCACUAUCAAAUGUAUAAGCUGUCAGAGGCGCAGCUGGAGCUGGAGGCGCUGCGGGAGAAGAACGCGGAGGUGAAGCGCACCACCGAGAGCUUCGACCUGCAGACGAAGCAGGGCCACAGCGACUUUGUGAAGCGGAUUCGCGAGUUGGAGGAUCAGAUCGGCAACGCGAAGGAGCAGGAGGUGCGGUACGGCGAGCAGACCGCGAAGCUGGAGGCGGACCUGCUGAAGGCGCAGGAGGCACACGCGGAUGACAUGGCCUUCGCGGCGGAGCGGUUGGCGGCCGAGGCGAAGCUGCGCGAGGAGGCCGAAGCGAAGUUCCAUCAGACGCAGCUAGAGUUGGAGGACUGGCGGAUGAACGGGGCGUCGCGUGAGGCGAAGAAGCGGGAGCACCUCGCUGAGAUGAAGGCGGAUCAGGAGGCGUGGUCGAGUCAGCGCAAGGAGUACAAGGAGCUCGCCAUGGAGCUGCAGCGCACUGUGGCGGAGCUGGAGGCGGCGGCCGCAGCGGCGAAGACAUCGACUUCCGGCAAGAAAGGCAAGAAGGGCAAGAAGAGCUAG